AUGAUGGACGCUAGAGAAUCUACACAAAAUCAAAUUGUGUUUUUGGAUCGAGGUGAUUAUACUACAUGUACCAUCUUCCUUCAUGGAUGCACCAUAUUGUCUUGGAGAAUCCACAACGAAGAACAAAUUUUUCUCAGCAGAGUUUCUCCGCUCUCCCAAUAUCAUUACAUUCGUGGAGGGAUCCGUCUAAUUUGGCCUCAUUACUCUACAUGGAGUUUUGGAAGAUUUAACGGCUUUGCCAGAGAUAUAUUAUGGACUGUAAUUAGAGGGCCCGAGUCUUUACCAAAUGGAGAUGUCUUUGUGGAUGUGAGCUCAUCUUCAGAAUAUUAUACAAAAUCCAUGUGGUGUUUUGACUUCGAAUUAAUUUACAGAAUCACGCUCCACUUUAACCAAUUAACAUUGAGUGUAACAAUAAAAAAUACGAGCAAAUAUUUCAAUUAUGAUUUCAACGCGGUACUUCAAGCGAACAUAAAAAUUAAUGACAUCAAAGAUGUGAAAAUUGUGGGACUUGAAAAUUGUUCCUAUGUCGAUAUCGAGGUACCAAGGGACAGCAGUUUGCUUAAAGUUACAUCUGAAGAAACAGUAAUCGAUAAACACAUCAAUAGGGCAUACCAAGAUACUCCCGAUGUAAUUGAUGUAUACACUGCCAGUAACAAGUUGUUGAAGAUAACCAAACAUAACCUACCAGAUGUCAACGUGUGGAAUCCUGGACAAGAAAUUGUGAGGAAAAUACAUGAUAUUGGUAAUACUUAUCCAUUUUAUAGUUGA